AUGAAGAACUGCGUUAUACUAAAUUAUCAAGUUAUAGCGGGUAAAGAAUAUGAUCCUUUGUUAAGUAUUGAAGGAAGGAAAGUAGCUUUGCUCGAACGUCAAAUAAAGGCAAGAAAAGAAGCAGCCGAAGCUGAAGCAAUUGAAUUGCAGACGACAAUUGAGAAUAAGCUUGGAUAG